CACUGCCCGCCUGCGGGAGCCACGAGCCACAGGCCUCCUGGCCACCUCCACCCGGCCCCACAGACCCUCCGGUGCCCAGGCUUGGCCAAGAGUGAGCUCCCCUCGGGCAGCUCGGGAAGAUGGCCCAGUCCACUGCCACCUCCACGGACGAGGGAGCCACGUUCGAGCACCUCUGGAGCUCUCUGGAGCCAGACAGCACCUACUUCGACCUUCCCCAGUCGAGCCGGGGGAACAGCGAGCUGGUGGGCAGCGCGGAGGCCAGCAUGGACGUCUUCCACCUGCAGGGCAUGACCACGUCCGUCAUGGCCCAGUUCAAUCUGCUCAGCAGCACCAUGGACCAGAUGGGCAGCCGCGCGGCCCCGGCCAGCCCCUACACCCCGGAGCACGCGGCCAGCGUGCCCACCCACUCGCCCUACGCCCAGCCCAGCUCCACCUUCGACACCAUGUCCCCGGCGCCUGUCAUCCCCUCCAACACCGACUACCCCGGCCCCCACCACUUCGAGGUCACUUUCCAGCAGUCGAGCACAGCCAAGUCGGCCACUUGGACGUACUCCCCGCUGCUGAAGAAGCUCUACUGCCAAAUCGCCAAGACGUGCCCCAUCCAGGUCAAGGUGUCCACCCCGCCGCCCCCGGGCACAGUCAUCCGCGCCAUGCCUGUUUACAAGAAGGCGGAGCAUGUGACCGACAUCGUGAAGCGCUGCCCCAACCACGAGCUCGGGAGGGACUUCAAUGAAGGACAGUCUGCCCCGGCCAGCCACCUCAUCCGCGUGGAAGGCAACAAUCUCUCGCAGUACGUGGACGACCCCGUCACCGGCAGGCAGAGUGUCGUGGUGCCCUACGAGCCCCCACAGGUGGGGACGGAAUUCACCACCAUCCUGUACAACUUCAUGUGCAACAGCAGCUGCGUGGGGGGCAUGAAUCGGCGGCCCAUCCUCAUCAUCAUCACCCUAGAGACCCGGGAUGGACAGGUGCUGGGCCGCCGGUCCUUCGAGGGCCGCAUCUGCGCCUGUCCGGGCCGAGACCGCAAAGCCGACGAGGACCACUACCGCGAGCAGCAGGCCCUGAACGAGAGCUCCGCGAAGAACGGCGCCGCCAGCAAGCGCGCGUUCAAGCAGAGCCCCCCAGCUGUCCCCGCCCUGGGCACCGGCGUGAAAAAGAGGCGGCACGGGGACGAGGACACGUACCACCUGCACGUGCGAGGCCGGGAGAACUUUGAGAUCCUGAUGAAGCUCAAGGAGAGCCUGGAGCUGAUGGAGCUGGUGCCGCAGCCGCUGCUCGACUCCUACCGGCAGCAGCAGCAGCUCCUGCAGAGGCCGAGCCACCUGCAGCCUCCAUCCUACGGGCCGGUGCUGUCGCCCAUGAGCAAGGUACACGGGGGCGUCAACAAGCUGCCCUCCGUCAACCAGCUGGUGGGCCAGCCCCCCUCCCACAGCUCGGCCGCCGGGCCCAGCCUGGGGCCCAUGGGCCCCGGGGUGCUCAGCAACCACAGCCACGCCCUGCCAGCUAACGGUGAGGCCAGCGGUGGCCAUGGUGCCCAGCCCAUGGUCUCGGGGUCCCACUGCACUCCACCACCCCCCUACCACGCCGACCCCAGCCUCGUCAGUUUUUUGACAGGAUUGGGCUGCCCCAACUGCAUCGAGUAUUUCACCUCCCAGGGGUUACAGAACAUUUACCACCUGCAGAACCUGACGAUUGAGGACCUCGGGGCCCUGAAGAUCCCCGACCAGUACCGCAUGACCAUCUGGCGAGGCCUGCAGGACCUGAAGCAGGGCCACGACUACGGCCAGCAGCUGCUGCGCUCCAGCAGCAACGCGGCCACCAUCUCCAUCGGCGGCUCGGGGGAGCUGCAGCGGCAGCGGGUCAUGGAGGCCGUGCACUUCCGCGUGCGCCACACCAUCACCAUCCCCAACCGCGCCGGCCCGGGCGGGGGAGCGGGCCCCGACGAGUGGGCCGACUUCGGCUUCGACCUGCCUGACUGCAAGUCCCGCAAGCAGCCCAUCAAGGAGGAGCUGGCGGAGGGCGAGAUCCACUGAGGCCACGGAGCCGGGGCGGGCUGGGGCCGCCCUUCUCCCUCCUGGUAAAGCCGCCGCAGGAGCAGGACCUCUGGGCUGUGCCUGGGGAGAGGGGGCCUCAGCGAAGCCACCCACGGACAGCCUGCAUGGCCCCCACGGAACAUUCUGGAGCUGCCCUGGCGGUGUGCUCUUGAGGGCCAGGCGCGGGGACACUGAGGCCAGGGCCGCCGCUGCCCUCUCAGCCCUGCCACUGUGCAGGACGCCGCGUGGGCGCGGUCCUCCUGCCUGCACCUGGGGACCUCCGACCCAGCGAGGUCCUUCCAGACAGAAGGACCCUCUCUGCUGACAGGCUGCCAAAAAGUAUUUUCCGGUUCGGGGCAGCAGGGAGCAGCCGAGACUGCGACAAGCGCCCGUUUCCAGGAAACGGCCGGACUGUCUCUUUGCCCGGGGCGAGGGCGCCCUCUGCGGGCGCGAGAGGGGCCUGCACGGCCGGCCGCGGCUGCAAGACACAGCGAGGAGGCGGCACCGGGCGCACGUGCCUCCCCGGGACCCCUCAGCAGACGGACUGCAGGCAUGUGCCCAGAAUCCCGGAAACUGUCAAUAUUUGAUAAAAUUAUAUCCUUUUCUA